AAACGAGAUUGAAAGACGGAGAGAAGAUAAGGUGGAAGAGAGAGAUAGAAAGAUUAUGAACGCUGCGAGUGGCUAUACUGUAUUAGAAGAAAAUUUGCUUAGAUGUUUAUCGUGUUCGUAGAACUGUUGUCAUUAGGAAUACGAUAAAGUCAAGGUGUGGAAUCGAUAAAUUUACGGAUAUUUUUAUUUGAUUGCGAUGGCGAGAGGUUGGCGUCAAGAAUGUGGUAACAGGAGUGGGAGAUUGUAGUAAAAACAAUGCUGGAUCGCUAGGCAAUUCUACGUUGUUUAGGAACAAAGGUACCAUAAGAACAGCAUAAGAUAGCUUAUAUAUUACAGUAUUUUUAACAUGGAUGAUGAAGAAGGAUCGUCAAGCUCUGGACCUAUGUCUUCGUUGAACAGUUUAUUUUCGUUUACUAGUCCCGCUGUAAAAAAGUUGCUCGGUUGGAAACAGGGCGACGAAGAGGAAAAAUGGGCGGAAAAGGCAGUGGAUUCGUUAGUAAAAAAGUUAAAAAAACGAAAAGGUGCAAUAGAAGAAUUAGAACAUGCUUUAAGUUGUCCAGGCACACCUAGCAAAUGUGUAACGAUUCCAAGAAGUUUAGAUGGUAGACUGCAAGUUUCACAUCGUAAGGGUUUACCACAUGUAAUUUAUUGUCGAGUAUGGAGAUGGCCAGAUUUGCAGUCACACCACGAAUUGAAACCAUUGGAGUUAUGUCAGUACCCUUUCUCUGCGAAACAAAAAGAAGUUUGCAUUAAUCCGUACCAUUAUAAAAGAGUGGAGAGUCCAGUACUACCACCAGUUUUGGUUCCUAGGCAUUCAGAAUAUGCUCCAGGACAUUCGUUGUUACCAUUUCAACAAAUAGCGGAACCAACAAUGCCGCAUAACGUGUCUUAUUCUUCUAGUGGAUUCAAUGCUGGAUCCACUGGUGGUGUAAAUCCAACUUCGCCUAUGUCUUCUGUUGGAUCUGUUCCAAGUCCAGGAAGUACAACAUCGCCAAAUCCGCAAAGUCCUUAUGGUACUAAUGGAUUGCCGGAAACUCCACCUCCGGCGUAUUCUCCACCCGAAGAUGGUUCGCAACCUGGACAGUCGCCACCACCUGAUCCAGUAGCAAUGGAUACAAGCGGAACAUCCGAAGUAGCUCCAGUGUGUUACCAAGAACCGCCUUAUUGGGCUUCUAUCGCGUAUUACGAAUUAAAUUGUAGAGUGGGUGAAGUUUUUCAUUGCCAUUCUCACUCUGUUAUCGUGGAUGGUUUCACAAAUCCAAGCAACAACUCUGACCGUUUUUGUCUUGGACAGUUGUCUAAUGUUAAUCGAAAUUCUACUAUUGAAAACACAAGAAGGCAUAUAGGCAAAGGAGUACAUCUGUAUUAUGUAGGCGGCGAAGUAUACGCGGAAUGCCUCUCCGAUUCUGCUAUAUUUGUGCAAUCUAGAAAUUGUAAUCAUCAUCAUGGGUUUCAUCCUAGUACAGUUUGUAAGAUUCCACCAGGAUGUUCAUUGAAGAUAUUUAAUAACCAAGAAUUUGCCCAACUACUGUCGCAAAGCGUGAAUCACGGUUUUGAAGCUGUCUAUGAAUUAACGAAAAUGUGUACUAUAAGAAUGUCCUUUGUUAAAGGAUGGGGUGCAGAGUAUCAUCGUCAAGACGUUACGUCGACUCCGUGCUGGAUCGAGGCACACUUACACGGACCCUUACAGUGGUUGGAUAAAGUGUUGACACAAAUGGGUUCUCCUCAUAAUGCUAUAAGUUCUGUGUCAUAAUUUGUGUUUCGUGUUUAAUUGCAAGGAGAAAAAAAAAUAGUGAAAUGUAGAAAAAAACCUGAUGAUUCAAGAGCAGUUUUUAAUAUUAUAUAGUGCGAUAUUAAUGUAGACAUUAUGAGAAAUUUAAGGAAAAGUAAUAAGAGUGGUAAGGGAAGGAAUGCUGUCGCGAUGCGACUUACCUUACAGUAAGUAACAGAGGAAGUUGAUAAUAUAAUUCUUGUGAAAAUAAAGGAUUGCAAAAGUCAAUAAGUAUUGAAUGUGAUCCUUGGUAUAGAGAUUCGAGAGAUCGCAAUGUACACGUAAAAGUUGUGCAACUUUUGGCUGUUAUACAGGGAGAGGAUUAUAGUUAAAAAUAUGUGAAGAAUCAUAUUUUUCAAAUCUAUUCGACUACUCCUAAUACUUUAUUUUGUAUGGAAAAUUAUUGUGGAAAUAUUUGCCAAUGCUAUAUCGCGAAUGCUUUGUUAAAUUGUUUCGAGAUUUUUACGAUUGUAUUUGGACAAAUCAACCGAUAUAGAAGAAAAAAUUGAUUACCAGUCGAUAGAGACAAAUGAUUCAGAUUUUAACGACAUAAUAUUAUAAUGUUCACGAUUUUAAACACGAUACGCGUGCUUUUAAAGCAUCUGAUUUAUGCCUAAACAAGCCUUAGACUAUUCAAAUUUAUUACUAUAAAGAGUAUAAUCUAAGGAUAAUUAUGUUCGAUUUGACUAAUAGAAAUGCAAUUAAUAUUUCAAUAUAGACAUCAGAUGCUGAUCUCACGUUGACGUUUGAAAGUUAACUGCAUCCGAUGACGUAUUGGAAUAUUAACUUUGACAAUGCGUAUAAAGAAUAUUUUUUGUGCAACGUUCCCUAACAUUCGUGUAAUGUAAGCCUUUGGAUGUAGCCUUAUAAGAAACUAAUGUGACAACUAACAUAGAGUCGUCUACUUGCUAUUCGUCAGAUAUGAGUGUAAUAUAAGAAUUAAAUAUUAGCUUUGCACUUUUCAGAAGUGUUUGCAAAUUUCAAAGAUUAACAGAAGAUUCUGUACAUAUAAAGAAUAUACUAAUUAUAUGGCGUCGCGUGCAAUUGAAAUAAUUGGUGUUAUACUUGGUACAAAACGAUGAAAAUUUUACGAGUAGAAUUCUGAAAAGUGCCAAAAUCGUAUGUAUGUGGCUCCUUUUAUUUAAGCUAUCGAACCACGUUGAAAGUUUCACAUAGAAUAUUGUACGCGAGAAUUGCGUGUCACAUACAUUCGGUAACGAGCUAGAAAGGUCAUAUGAAUAUUUAGCUCGUAUUCAACUAUAUCGAAAAUAUUUCAUAUUACUUGAAAAUUAUUACGCAUGGAUGAUUUGUUAUAAAUAAUGGUCUUAACUGUAUUUUCUUAUGUACUUAUGACGGAACAAUAGUUUCGCCAUAUAUAUGUAUAGUUAUUCGCAAACACCGACUUCCUGUUUAAUUUUGCAUAAAAAUACACAGGAACUACCGAUUAAGCACAAAUUUGAGUUAUUCUAUCAAAGGGGAAUAUACCUGUGGCACAAUGUAUAUUCAAAUGAUCUUCUGGCUUGCUGAUAAAUUUAUAACUAUUCAUCGAAUUACUUUUAUAUAUAUCUUAUGUACAUUUCAAUUAUAAGUCCGAAGAAGGUAUACAGAUUAUAUAACGCUAUCUAAGAGUGCUUGAAAAAUUGUGGAACAAAAGUCACUGCCGCUUGCUGUUACUUAUUUGUCGAUGUACCUAGCUGUGAUUCUUUGCUACCAAAUUUUGCAAAUUACGUGUGGGUGAUCAACGAUGAUAAAUGUUUUUGCUCCAUCGGAUUAAUGAAUGUAACGAGACUUCAGAUCCACCGAUGCAAGCCGUACAAGGAAAUAUGACAAUAACCCAUUAUGAGAAACAUACGAUGACCUUAUACACGAUGAAUAAAAAUAUUCAUUCAGAAGAAUAUUUAUCGUUCCACUUACCAUUUAUUCGUGAUCAUCUGUGAAAUCUAUUCAGCUAAAAAGAGAAAAAUAUUUUUCACCAAGAACUCUGUAGAUUGUAAUUGAUAUUUAUAAAGUCUUUAAACGUGUACAUCGAUCGAGGUAGAUGUGAAUUAAUGUUUUAGGUAUGCCGAGCUUGUCGCACUCGUAACGAGCACAAAUGCUUUAUCGCAAGAUGUAUGUAUGAGUAGUUACAUACCUAUGUAAUACCUGUACUUGGAGAUUUUACUCUUGGUUGGUAUCUUUCUUGAUUUCUUUGUUAACGAAAACACCAUGUAUCGCGAAUCUCGUUUCCAAUUCACCGGAUAUUACUUCUUAAUUAAUAUUUUUUUAGACUAUUAUAUGAGAGAAAGUCUAGUUAACAUUAUUUAAGCAUAAAGAACAUUAAAUAACUAUAACGUUGACUUAUACAAUAUAUAUUACUUAUAUAUAUAUGUGCCUUGGAUGCUUUUUAUACUGUAUACACGCCUUAUAAUAUAGUAUGUAACGACGCAAAUGGAUAUAUUGUUUGCCAAAUAGCGUUAAAACGUUUUCAAUGUGUUGCAACAUUACGUGUAAAAUCUGUCUUCUACGUAUAGUUCUGAAUUUUAAAUGUAGAAAUAUAUCUAAAAAUAUAAUGAUUUUGCAGAGAACGACGUAUAUGUAUAUAUAUGAAUGUAUAUGAAUCGACUAUUUAGAAACGGUGAUUUGGAGAGAGAUUCGGGAUCAUUUUAGAUGUCAGUCAGUGUAAAUAAAUUUUUUUAGCUGUAAAAAAACAAGUACAUCUUCAGAAUUCAUUCCACGUAAUAUAUCGUUCAGACUCGAUAAUCGCGGGCCUUUUUCUUCGCUAUUUCCUUUGCGUUUUUUUUUUUUGGGUGGGUGGGUGGGGGGGGAGGAUAAAAGUAUCGCUCACUGUGCAUAUUAUUCUAGACGACGAUGAUAAGAGGCGUAGUCGCCCGUCGCGAUCCAGAAGUACGAUAUCGUAUGACAUAAUUUUAGUUGUAAAAUUAUAAAGAUCGUCAACGAAGGACCUGAGAUAAUACGACGAAACGCGCUGAGAAACGCAUUCCUCUUCUUAUCCGUCGCGAUGCUUAUCGUUCGAACAUGUAUGUAAAACUGCUGAUACCGUUGAUUACGAUCAGUGGUAUAACAGAUUAGUGACAGUUUCUCAAAGGAAUCAAAAUUCCGAUAUCGUACAGCUUUACUAUCGUUAUAAGAUAACGAAAAUCGUUAAGAAGGGUAUUUUGAAUAGAUUAGAAUAUAUCGUAUGGUGUACUCUCGUUUUCUCCGCCUGUCUUUCGAAACGAAACGAUCGACCCUUUGCUCGAUGACGUUAGAAACCUUCAUUCUCUGCUACUGUAUCUGCAUCUCUGGUAAUUACUGUGUUGUGCAGCUACCGAGUAUAAAUAAAGAAUAUUUCCUAUCUGUGUAUCUAUGUCCAAUGAAAAAAAAAAAAAAAAAAAACAACAACACUGUAGUUUCACUGAUUCGAAAGUUGAUCAAUGUAUGUACACGCAUGAAAUAUCCAUAAUAUCCUCAAUUAUUCCUGACGUUUUCUUAUAAUUCAACGUUUCUACGUUUUAACGGUAAGCGGUUAACGAAGAAUAUUAAGGAUCCUGCCGAUCGAUAUAUUUCGGAUUCGAAUGGCGCGUUACCAUAGGUCGACUACUACUCGAAAAUCAUUGGUCUGUUUACGAGAAACAUUUACC